GUAAAAAGUAAUUAAAUUUUGUAUUAAAAAGAAUCAUGUCGUUAUCACCUGCAAGUGGCAUCGGCCGCUUCUACAAACACUCUGCCAAAAUAAUACGAUUUGUGCGCCUUGGGUGCACCAAUAGGCCGUUUUACCAUAUUGUUGUUAUGGAGCGCCGAAAAAAUCAGCAUCAGCCGGUGAUUGAGCAAGUGGGCACAUACGAUCCGCUACCCAAUGAGCAUAAUGAGCGCCUUGUGGCCCUUAACACGGAACGCAUUCGUUAUUGGUUAGGAAAAGGUGCUCAUAUGUCCACACCCGCGGCAGAGUUACUCGGCAUUUCCGGAAUCCUGCCCAUACACCCACGCACUUAUAUGACAGCCUGGCGUAAUCGUCAAGCAGCCAACGCUGAUCAACAAAGACAGGAGAAUGCCGAGGGCGUGGCUACUCAAUAAAACAAUAUUUUUAUAAAGGGAUAACAAGCA